ACCUAUUGCUGCUGACCGCGAAGGAUGUUGGCGGUAGCCAGCCUCUAUGCAGAGAGAAUAGCAUGCGCAUUUCGUCGAGGGAGCCACGAGUACCAGGACCAUGACCAGAAAACGAAAAUGCCAUGACAGUGCUUCCAAUCACCGACCGACCAAAAUCUCCAAAACAUCCAAUCAGACAAUCGCUCUCGGAAAUACAAAAUUACCAGAAGUUCAACCAACACCAGACGCGGUCCAUCAUGCACUGCUAUCUUCCUUCUACCCCAAGGUCUGUACCUUAAGGGUCUUCCUGUCGACAUAUCUGCCCUCUACUUCUCGCGUCCGCCGUCGGAAGUUGUCCCUUUUUGGACAGCAAGAUGAUGAAUGUCUCCUCGACACCUGCCUCGUCGGCAUUCUGAACGAGCCGUCAGUUGCUCUGAAGCAAGCACGCAAAGUCGAUUUCCUUACCUUUACACAAUGUCAACAACGUGCAACUGGUGCUCAUAGCAAUCGCACCCAACAGUGUUGCUUGAAUGAGAUUGUAGACUUUGCCAUUUGGUCGCUGUUCCGAGGAAAUUUCAGUGGUCAACGGCCACGCCACAUCCUUUGCCAUGGUCUACAGAGGGCAUCCGGGUCUGUCGAAUCCGGCCGUGUUGGCAAAGACAGCGGCGUCCUUCCGGGGAUAGUCCGCCAUCAUCCAAAUGAUAACCUGAAGAUCUUGACGUCAAGCCCCUGGACCGAAAUUUUAUCGCUUCUAGGAGAUGACGCCGAAGCCAUUGCUGCAAGCUUGUUUCUCGAUUGUGGCAUCUUCACAAGGCUUGCAAACGGUAACGGAAACUAUUUUCAAUUGAGUGGAAUUCCCAUAUCGGAAUUAAAGAACAAAGAGACAUCACAGUCCUGCAAAGAUCUUUCUUCCACAACACGGGACAACCGAAAUCGUUCAGGGUCCAAUAUUCGAUUCGUGAGGAAUCGGAUACUGUAUGCGAGACCGUCGUUGAAUAACGCUGGCAGGGUCAAAUUCGGCUUGCACCAUAUACAUGUCCUGCAAAGAUACACCGGCGUCGUCCAACCGGAUCAUAGCGUUCAUAUUGCAAAAUACAUCUUCCCACGGCAAUUUGGCCUGCACAACGUCUUCAAUUCCACCGUCGAUCCAACAGAAACAGCACAACACUUCAAAGACUAUACUCUACGUGAAGUGGAAAUUCGAGGCCAACGCAAGAAGUCUAUGACAUGGAUCCCCCGGCGGUUACGCGGCAAAGCUUUGGAGUUGGUGAGGAAAAUUCAGCGAAACCAUCACAGCUGCUCCUACAGUCAACUUCUGUGGCACCAUUGUCCCAUUGGCGACCCACCGACUAGAGCGAAUGUCAGGCCAGGACAUGAACAUGAUAUAUCCAGUUCGGAGCCAUUGGUCACUCAGAUUCCUGGGUCUAAUUUCUCAGCACAGCCAUCAAGCCCAGGCUCUGACCAUGGUGAAAAUGGGACAUCAUUUUUACCACAAGCAACUCCCGUAGCUGCAGUCUCUGCCUUUUGUCGGUCUGUCAUUGGCCGCUUGCUUCCUAACGAUGCUUGUGGGAUCGGUACGGAAGGCCGACAAAGCCAUGCAAAGCUGAUGAGAAGAAUCGACGAGUUUGUGCAGAUGCGCCGCUUCGAGAGCAUGACCUUACAUAAAGCUGUCCAGGGCAUUUCAGUAAAGGCGAUACCCUGGCUGUGCCCACCAGGGCAAGAUGGACAGAAAAUGUCCCAUUCCGACCACUCCAAACGUCUGGAACUGCUACACGAGUUCGUCUACUACAUUUUCGACUCCCUUCUGAUACCGCUCAUUCGAGCGAACUUCUAUGUUACCGAGAGCUCGGCUCACCGGAACCGAUUGUUCUAUUUUCGACACGACGUGUGGCGGAAGCUCUGCGAACCUAGCCUUGCAGUCCUCAAACUGAACAUGUACUCUGCGAUUAAGCCCAGCCAUGCUCGCCAGAAGCUACAACGUCGAACCUUGAGCUACAGUCACCUUCGGCUUCUGCCGAAGGAUCAUGGAGCGCGGCCCAUCACGAAUCUCCGGCGGCGACAGCUGAAAGUGGUUUCCGGCAGGCGAAUUUUGGGCAGCAGCAUCAAUGCUCAGCUGGGCUCGCUGUUCAGCGUCCUCAACUAUGAGCGUGUCCGGGACCCUACACCCUUGGGUUCAGCUUUACUAUCAAUUGGAGAUCUUCAUGGCCGAUUGAAACAAUUCAGAGCCCAUGUACCAGCAGGAUCGCGGUUGUACUUUGUCAAGGUCGACAUCAAGUCCUGCUUCGACAGUAUCCCACAAGAGCAUCUGUUAGCUAUGGUCAAAUCACUUUUCUCGGAAACUUCGUAUCGAAGCACUAAACAUACGGAAAUGAAAUGUCUGGACGAGGUAGGAAGGGGCGACAAGGGACCACUGAGACGACAUUAUGUGGGAUCGGCCCGCCCUGCAGACGAUACAGCAGUAUUUUCAGAACCAUCCGCAAACAGUGUCGCGAUCAGAAAACGAAAUGUAGUCUUUGCAGACACUGGGAAUCAGAAGGUCUCCACACGAGCCUCGAUAUUGAAGCUCCUUCACGAGCACGUCGGAGACAGCUUCGUCAAAAUGGGCAAGAAGUACAUGAGACAGACGAAUGGCAUCCCUCAGGGCUCGGUGCUGAGCAGUCUCCUCUGCAGCUACUUCUACGGCGCAUUCGAGCGGAAUGAGCUUGGUUUCCUAGACCCAGAGUCGUCCAUGCUUCUCAGGCUUAUUGAUGAUUUUCUCUUGGUGACCACAGACGUCCAAGUGGCAAGACGAUUCCUCGAAGUCAUGGUCAAUGGAGAUGGAAAAUAUGGUAUAGCGGUCAACGCGGAGAAAUCACUUGUCAAUUUUGACGUGUCAGUCAAAGGCCACAAGGUCCCCCGAUUACACGGCGGUAACUUUUUCCCUUAUUGUGGUCUGGGUAUUGAGAUGACAACACUAGAGUUGAGAAAAGAUCGAGGGAAAAGAGAUGCAUAUGUUAGCAAUGCGCUGACAGUCGAGACAAGCUCCCGACCUGGGAUGACGCUGAGGAGGAAGGUAUUGGCAUCGAUGAAGCUGCAGAUGCAUGCCAUGUUGCUGGAUAUGUCAUUGAACAGCAGGAAGCAAGUGAUUUCGACACUGUUGGGAAAUUUUGCAGAAUCCGCCAUGAAAAUGCAUCAAUACAUGGCCAGUAUGGGACAAGCUACUUGCUCUCGGCAGACCUUGGUCAGGAAAUUGAUCGAAGAAUUAGUGCUAGCUGCUACCAAGAUCUGCUGGGUAAAGAACAACCACAGCCGGCAAAUUACCAGAACACAGAUGUGCUGGAUUGCUGCCGCGGCCUGCGAGAGAGUGCUGUGGCGCAAACAAAGUCAAUAUAUGGAAGUAUUGGCAUGGCUGAGGACGUUGAGAAAAAGCACCGAAGACAGGAUGAACCUGGAGAAGGGGGAAUUGAGGUUACUCGUUGAAGAGAACGACAGGACAUUCCAAGGAUAUGUAUACUGAAUGAAUAGAAUAAGAGCGUUGGUCGGUUACCUACCUGAAUAAGUAAG